GCGGUUGUUGGAAAUCUAUGUACCAUAGCAACGCACAGUUUAUCAACUUUUGGAAGUCAAGGAGCAGAGCAAAAAGGAAAGGAAAUAUAAGAUUGAGCAGUGAAACAAAAUGGCAGAAAUCCAGGCAGUUAGUCCUGCUGGUAGCCGAAGCUUCAUUGAACCCCGCCCACCCUCUCAGUCAGGUUCCAGGUCAUCAUCAAGGGUAGGAUUCAAUGAGAGUGCUCACAGUAGACACAGUUCAGGAAGAAUUAAAUAUGUACCCAGUCACCGUCCAACUUCCAAUGCCAGGUCUACUCCAUCGUCCUCAGAGAGACCUCCUUCUGUACGAUCCUUGAGGGAAAAGAAAGAUCUAAAUGAGUACUUGAGUCCAAUUGUCAAAACAGCCGUGAGGAGAUGGAAGCGUUUCCAUGAGCAGAAGGUGAUAGAGCGCUUCAAGGAGAGACGAGAAUCCAAGAAGCAACGUGUGAAGGAUAUCAAGGAAGAAAAGAAGAGACUUGCCCGUCGUAUUCCCAUCGAUACCUUAGCUGUUGAAUGGCUCAACAAAAAUGAAUUAACUGUGGACGCUAGGGCUUAUUUAUUGGAUAAACUGCUGCCAACACUUAUCUUAGGCAUUGAAAAGUUGCUCAUGGAGGCUGAGAGGAGAGAUCUGACAGAGAAAAAUGAGGCAAAUCCAAAUUUCAAUCCUCUGAACUAUUUGGCACAAUACUUGAUGAGGAACAAUCCUCGUUACAGCAAUUUCCCAGAAGCUUCACCGUAUAUCAGGGGAAUGCAAGAAGUCACAGAUGAACUCAAGCAAUUUGUCUUUUCAUUUGAAGACAAUAGGCUUGCCAGAGUCAAAGCAGAAACCAGGAGAAAGCGGGAGCACAUAGAACGUACAGAAGCCUUGAAGACACAGGAAAAGAGUCGUAGAUCUGCUCAUAUUCGCAGGCACUACAAAGAUUGGCUUCUUGAUCCUGAAGGCUUGGUAGAGCAGAGGGCUAUUCAAAAUUCAUUAACAUCCUUCAAAGAAGUCCUAGAAAACUUGCCAGAAGAAUUCAAGAAAGCAUCCAGCUUCCUCACAGAACUUGAGAAAUUAGAUGCCAGUGAAGAGCAGUUUAAUGAGGAAGAUUUUGCACAGUAUCUCAAAAACUAUGUCCUGAAGCUGGCCCCAGAACUUUAUGAUGCACUUAUGGGUCACAUGGCGCAGUGUGCCUUGGCAUAUCGACAUGCUGCUGUGCUUGAGGCAAGACGGGACAUUCUUAUGUCACUCUUCAGUGAUGUCGAUCAUGCUGACGUGGGUAUUCUAAACAGACAUAGAGUACUGGGACUCUUUGAGAACUUUUGGGAGAAUGUGCCUUGGUCCCUCAAGCGUCAUUUGAGAAAUCCAAGAAAAUGGCCUGUGAUAGAGCUCACCGAGACUGAUGAUACAGAGAGUCUUUUCUCCGAAGGGAGCUCCAUCUCCUCUGUAAAGAGCAGCAUGAAGGAAUCUGAGCCUGCUGCACCUUCAGAAGGAACUGUUCAGGAGGAGACGACAGGGGUGGAUGGGAUGGCUCCAGCAGUUGAUAGGGGAGAAGCUCCAGAAGAGGGGGUAAAGGAUGAGGUAAAACAAGAUGAUGGUCCUACUGUUGGUGAAGGGGAGGGGUCAAAGUUUGAGGGUGUGGCACCAGGUGAAGAGGGUGUGGCACCUGGUGGAGAGGGUGUGGCACCUAGUGGAGAGGGUGUGGCACCUAAUGGGAUAGAUGCAACACUGAAUGGGGAUGGUGCGGCAAUGGGUGAUGAGGGUAGUAAAGAGAGUGUUGAAAAGGAGGGAGGAGAGGAUGCAAAAGAGGGAGAGGCAACACCUGUAGAUGUAAACAAUGCCAAAGAGGCAACAGAUGAUAGUAACAAGGAAACAGCCGAUGACAAAAACACUAAGGUGGAGGAAAACAAAGAUUCAGAGACUCAAGACUCUGCUGAGCAGCAGGUAGAAUCAGAACCAGCCAAGGAGGAGAGCGCAAGUGGAACAGGCACAGGAAGUGAUGACAAACCAGAAGAAACUACAGAAGGCAAAGAAAUAACGAAACCUGAAGAUGCAACAGAAGUGACAGCUAAGGAGGACACCCCUCCUGCAGAAGAAGUGUCAUCCGCUGAAGAAGAAAAGAUGAAGGAUGGUGGAGGUGAUGAGGUUGUCAUGGCAACAGAAACUGUCAUCCAGGCGAAUCUUGUGCCAGAUGAUGCACAGAAACCGGUGGAGGAAUCAGAACAAGCUGAGAAGACUGCAGAGCCUGUCAAAUCAGAGGAACCUGCCGCACCUGUAGCAGAGACUGCUGAGAGCACAGCAGAGACUGCAGAGGGCACAGUAGCAGAGACUGCAGAACCACAGUCCAAAGAACAGGAACCAACUUCAACAGAUGGAGGGGCAACAGCAGCAGAGGUGACAGCUCCAGAAGUCGCUCCUGGAGAGGCAGUGUCUGGAGAUGCUGUACCUGCAGAGAUUGCAGGAGGUGAAAAGGAACAGACUGAAGAGGGAACAAGUGAUCAGGCUGCUCCAGGUGCAGAGGGUACCCAAGCUGGUGAAGACAAAUUGGAGGAGCCCACAUCAGCAAAAGAUAGAGGUACCCUACAACCCACAACAGCCAAUACAUUGACAGGUCGUUCUACUAGUGUGUCAUUCCAUGAAGAUGCUAUCAAGCUCAAAGAGGAAAAGGCAGAUAGUGAAGACCGCCCCAAGACCCCCGUGAAGACCCCAACUGUUCGCAGUGGUUCAAGGUCAGGCAGUGCUUUUGAUGAGAGUGCUCUCAACUCAUCCCAGUUUGUCCAACUGGUAGAAUUAUUCCUUGGAGAAGAUUCGCCUCAGUAUGUUGUUGAUGCCCUAGUGAAGUUCAUUACAAAUGGCUAUGUUGAGACUGAACAGGAGAAAUUCCUUCGAUUACAACAGGCAAGACGGGAGGCUCAGUCUGCCAAACGAUGUCAAAUGGUGGAUCAGCUCUUUGACAAGUGGGAUAAUGAUGGAUCAGGUUACCUGGAUCUUGAGGAAUUUCAUUCUAUCAUGGCUAAGUUCAAAGACAACAUGGAAUCCAGAAUCAUGGCUAAAGCCAAGCAGAAGCUGGAGAAGGAGGAGCUAGACAACCGUCUUAGCAAGCCAGAAUUCAAAGCUUACAUUGAGGCAGUUUGUUCUCUUCUACCAGGGGGUCCAGACAAUUUUGAUCCACUCAUUGAUUUCCUAAUGACAAGUGUUGAGAGGUCAUAUGAGGAGAGGAUCCGAGGUCAAGCCAGAAAGAAAUGGUUAGCUUCAAUCAUCCAGGCAGCUGAGACGAGCGCUGGUAGCAUGCAACCUGUCUAUAAGAGUGUCUUCAACUCACUUUACAAGGAUGCUGAUCAGCAUGGGCGAGGGAAGCGUAUCAGUGCUAACAUUGGUCUCUUAGAGAGGAAUGAUAUCACUCCUGGGCGUGGUCUGACCUGCCUCCGUUAUGUAGCUGCCACACCCGAUGAUGCUGGCUUCAUGCUUAAUAAGAUCUUAUUCAGAGAUAUGAAGGGGAUCAGUUUCUCAUCUAUAGACAGUGGCAAACCUAUUCAUGUCCCUCGGGUGCAGAACCAUGGUAAUAUAAUGUUCUGGAAUCCUGAGCGUGCUGAUGAAAAAUGGGAUGACGAAGACUUUCGGCCAUCUUUUCUCGAGGAGAAAUACAAGAAGAUAUCGAUUGAUGAUUAUGAUCCUGCCAGAGACCGACAAGGAUCAUUCUUAGUGAUACCACUCAAAGAUUUCCGGAAGCGUGUUUUUGGUUUGAUGGGGAUAGACACAUUGAAUGACCCUCAUGAUAAGAGUAUCUUCAUCACACAUGAAAUCAGCUUCUUCCAGGGUGUGGCCAAGGCAUUUGCAACAGCCUACCAGUACGUUGACGUAAGACGAAAGACACUACGUAUCGCAGAGAGUGCAGUCUCCUGGAUCCAUAGACGAAGUCCUCAUGUCCAAGAGAUCAAUGUCUUUAUGGUUGAACCUGAUGAUAAGAUUGAUGAUUUUGUACUACGUAGGAUGAUAACCACUGAUAAGAAAGGAACUAUCACAGUUCAUGACCGCCCCCCUCGCUUGGAGCGCAAAGAAAACCUCUUCAGGGAUUAUCUCUUCAAGACAGUGGACAAUUCUGAGACUGUGACAGCUGAUGCCUAUGGUCAGCGACAUCUUGCCUUCCCUCUAAGAGAUAUUGAUGGUCGUUGUGUUGCCCUGGUAGACCUGAGCAUUGGUGAACUGAAACAACUCCCUGGCCAUGAGAACAAGGAAGUCCAGAGGAUGCUCAAACUCCUACAGGCGGCUCAUAAAGAAGUCUCCCAGGAGUCUGCAGGAGGUGACAGGAAGAUUGUCCUAGAGGCUGAGAAGGGGAGUGAUGAAUCCCGUAUUGACAUCAUGUUUGAUCGCAUCAUGUUAACUGACUUGCGAAACACUGUGAGUAAGCUGAAUGCCCAGGCCUUUGCUGAACUCAAGAGCUACAAAGAUCCUCCUAAGGUCAUCCAUAGUAUUCUUGUCUCUGUCCUGGCUCUCUUCUACAGAGAUAAGUAUGAGGAAGGGGAGCUGGAUGCAUGGAAUACAUGCAAACAGUUUGUCAAUCCCGAGCUGAUCAAGAAGAUUGAAGAGUUUGAUCCUACUGCUGAACACAUUCCUGGAAUUGUCAGUAUGAUCUCUGGACAUCUUAAAGAUGUACCCCAUGGUGCGGUGGCAAAGCAUGGUUCUCUACCAGCCCAGAAUCUUUACAACUGGGCAUUUGUUUGCCUCUCUCUCCUCGAACACACCAGUAAGAUGACCAGACAUAAACCACCUGGUGUGGCUCCACCCCCUGGAACAGCAGCCUCUGGUGAGGUCCGCACUGUGGAGCAGUAGAUAGCAUCUCAUCUAGGAUACAUAGCUUGUAUAAAAACUUUAGGAACUCUUAUUCAGAAAUUUGAAUUUUACAAUGAUAUCGAACUGAUGUGAUUUUUUUCUGGCAUAACGCGAUGAUAAUUGAAGGAGAUUUGCAAGAGUUAUUAUGUAUAAAAAAAGUUAUGAAUACAGUAUGUGGGGGAAUUAGUUUUUUCUUCAGCAAAUGGGUAUUUGAAUUUGUGAUAUUCACCAGUAAGAAAGUCUUUCCUACGUUU